AUGCAGAGGGCCAGUAUGAUCGGGAUCCCCAGCCUGGAGCAAGCCGGAUCCUUCGCCCAGCAGUUCAAGGCCACGCGGUUCUCUUACCACCUGGAGAGCGGGGCCGGCGGGCACCGAGCCGGCCCCCUGGGCCAGGGCUCCCGGUUGCUGGUGAAGAGUCUGUCCCUGGAGCCGCGACGCGAACCCUGGCGUCCAGAGACUGCCCAGUGCCUCCGCUCGGACCCCGGGCCCCCCAGCGACGGGGGGGAGCCCCGAACCGCCCUGCCCAGGCGGGCCCCAGGCCCCAAACCACAGCUUCCUCCCAAGCCAGGUCACCUCCAGAGCACCCAUUCCCUGCGGCCCCCUCCCCCCAUCCCUCCACCCCCCUCGCGCCCCCUCCCGGCCAACCCCCGCCUGGGCCCCCGGAGCCCCCCAACGCUGCGCCCUGAGAGCCAGGAUGGAGCUGGCUCCACGGCUGUCUUGUCCCUCAUUGAGAAGUUUGAGAGGGACCCUCUAAUCCUGACCCCGGAGCAGCCACCCCCCACCCCCAGCCCGGAUCCCCCGAGCCCUGGGGAGGCCGGCGCUGCUGAUGUAACCCCCAAGUUGCUGGUGCUCUUGGAUCUGCCGGGGGGGGAAGACUUGGGGUCAGCCGGGCGGGGGGACCAGGCCCCCUGCCUGCCUCCCCUGGCCCCCAACGGGAAACUAGCCAACCGGGACAGCGGCUUUGACAGCAUCAGCUCCCCCUCCACCAGCGAGGAGCUGGGCUUUGGGGGGGACGAGGGGCCGGGCGUCCCGGGGUCCCCCCCCUGCCCUGACUCCGAGGUGGACAGCGACCUGGACGAGGGGAGCGGGGACGACGGGGAGCUGGGGCCGGGCACGGCACCCCCCCAGGGCGAGGGAGACAAUGCGCCAGAGCUCCCAGCCCCCCAAAAAGCCUUCCACAUCGCCAAUGAGCUGCUGCAGACAGAAAAGGCUUACGUCGCCCGGCUGCACCUGCUGGAUCAGGUGUUCUGUGCCCGUCUCCUGGAGGAAGCGCGCAGCAGAAGCUCUUUCCCUGGUGACGUGGUGAUGGGGAUUUUCUCCAACAUCUGCUCCAUCUACUGUUUCCAUCAGCAGUUCCUGCUGCCGGAGCUGGAGAAGCGCAUGCAGGAAUGGGACAGGCACCCCCGCAUCGGGGACAUACUGCAGAAGCUGGCGCCGUUUCUCAAGAUGUACGGGGAGUAUGUCAAGAACUUCGACCGCGCCAUGGAGCUCGUCAACACCUGGAUGGAGCGAUCCGCCCACUUCAAGCUGAUCGUCCACCAGAUCCAGAUGGAGGAGGCCUGCGGGAAUCUCACCCUGCAGCACCACAUGCUGGAACCCGUCCAGAGGAUCCCCCGUUACGAGCUUCUGCUCAAAGAUUAUCUGCAGCGCCUGCCCCCCGGCGCCCCGGACAGCCGGGACGCAGAGAAGUCCCUGCAGCUGAUCGCGACAGCAGCGGAGCAUUCGAACGCCGCCAUCUGCAAAAUGGAACGGAUGCACUCCUUGCUGAAGGUGUACGAGCUGCUGGGCGGGGAGGAGGACAUCGUUAGCCCCACUAACGAGCUCAUUAAGGAAGGCCACAUCCUCAAGCUGUCGGCCAAGAACGGGACCACGCAGGACCGGUACCUGAUCCUGUUCAACGACCGGCUCUUGUGCUGCGUCCCGAAACUUCGCCUCCUCGGCCAGAAGUUCGGGGUCCGGGCCCGGAUCGACGUGGAGGGGAUGGAGGUGAAGGAGUCCAGUGGCGUCAACCUGCCCCGGACCUUUCUGGUGUCUGGGAAGCAGCGUUCGCUGGAGCUGCAGGCGAGGACGGAGGAGGAGAAACAUGACUGGAUCCAGGCAAUUCGGGCCACGAUCCUGAAGCUGGAGCAGAUGCCGGUGGGAGCUGCCCCCCGGGAAGAGGAAGAGCCCUGGGCUGGAUCGCCGGGCCGGGAGCUGGGGCGCCGGGCGCCGACGCCGAUCCGGGAGAAGGAGGUGACGCUCUGCAUGCGGUGCCAGGAGCCCUUCGCCGCCCUCACCAGACGCCGCCACCACUGCCGGGCCUGCGGCCGCGUGGUCUGCGGGAAAUGCUCCGAGUUCCGGGCCCGGCUUCUCUACGACAACAACCGGCCCAACCGGGUCUGCGGGGGCUGCUUUGCUGCGCUGCACGGCCCCCCCGGGACCCCCGGUCCCCCACCCCGCCGCCGCUCCAUCCUCGAGAAGCAGGCGUCGGAGGCGGCCGAGCGCAGCGUCAUCUGCAGCUUCCUGCACUACAUGGAGCCGGGUGCCAAGGCCUGGCACAGAGGCUGGUUCGUCGUCCCGCAGAGCGAGCCCCUGGUGCUCUACGUCUACGGGGCCCCCCAGGACGUGAAGGCCCAGCGCAGCCUCCCGCUGAUCGGCUUCGAGGUGAGGGCCCCGGACGUGGGGCCGCGGCUCGACCGGCGUCACGCGUUCGCCAUCCACCAGAGCCACCUGCGCUGGCAGUUCAGCGCCGAGUCCGAGGGGCUGCAGCGCCGCUGGAUGGAGGCCCUGGGCCGGGCUGGGCGGGGGGAGCCGCCUGCCUCCCCCGGGCCCAUCCCCGAGGCCGAGGAGGGGGCCGAGGGCACCUGACGGCGCCGGGGGGCUGGACUGGACCUGACCCCCCCCAACGAACGAUACUUGAACGGUCCUCAGGCACUUUGAGACACCCCCUCGCGGGGCAUCGCCUCAGCGCUUGGCCCCGGACGUCUGGGCUCCUGGCAAGCCCCCCCAGGGGGCACCGGCUCCCAUCCCUCCCCUGGGCGGGGACUGGCUGACUCGGGGGGCAGGGAAUGGGGCCUGUCCCUCCCCCACAAGUACAGGCCGACCCGGUACCGGUGUAACCCCCCCCCCCCCCCCGCGGGAUCUACGGGCCGGCUCCCUCCCGUCCUAUCCACUCGUCUCACGCCGCUCGCCAGGGAUGGACACGCUUAGCAGACAUUAUUUUAUUGUUGCUGACAUGCAGUGGCUGGCCACUAGGGGGCGGCCUCGCAUCCACAGGGGCGCCCCACUUCCCCCCCGAGAUUUUCUAGCGUCCUUGGGAGCCGGGCGUUGUUAAAGCUCCGUCAGCGGAUUUCGUAAUACAGGUUUCCUUUUC